CAGUUCUGAGAUGCUGUUGUCUUAAUUUCUUUGUCUCCACAGGCUACAUUUAGAUGCUGUUUACAGCAGUAAAGAGAAUAUUACAUUUGAUCUAGACUUCUGUUUUAAUCCACAGGAAGAGAUGCGCACAGAAGCUCGUCGAAAAAAUCUCCUCAUUCUAAUUUUGCAUUAUUUAACGGAGGAAGGGUAUAUAGAUGCUGCAAAUGCUUUGGAACAAGAGACAAAAUUAGGUUUACGUGGCUUUGAAGUUUGUGACAACAUUGAUCUUGAGACAAUUUUGAUGGAAUAUGAAAGCUAUUACUUUGUAAAAUUUCAAAAAUAUCCUAAGAUUACUAAAAAAGUCCUAGACACUGCAGAAAAUAAACAGCAACUGAGAGCUGGAGGAAAGCCAAGAAGGGCAGCAAGCUCUUCUCAGAUUCUUCCAAGGAUCAAACAUCAGACAGUGCAGCGACCGCUGUCAAAAACCUUACCUGGGAAGACAACAGAAUUUAAAUCGUCCACAAAGGAAAGCCCCAAACAGACUAAUGAGAGUGCAGUUACUCCAGAGCAAUCUGACUUUGGCUUAAGCAUCUCGUCAAUCAGCAAAGCUGGAGGAGAAGGCACUCACCCAAGAAGGGGCCAAAUAAUUGACUUCCGUGGGAUGAUCCAGGAUGCCAUCAAAGUAUCAUCACAUGAGAUAACCUUGAGCAGCCUUAAUUGUGAUCCAGAUCCAUCAGAACGAUUAUUAAAACCCCUCAGUGCUUUUAUUGGCAUGAGUGGUGAGAUGAGAGAACUUGCAACAGUUAUAAGCAAAGAUAUUUAUCUCCAUAAUCUAAAUGUGAAGUGGGAUGAUAUUAUUGGACUGGAUGCAGCCAAAAGACUAGUCAAGGAAGCAGUUGUUUAUCCCAUACGGUACCCACAGCUGUUCACAGGCAUUCUCUCUCCUUGGAAAGGAUUAUUGCUGUAUGGGCCACCAGGUACUGGAAAAACUUUGCUUGCUAAGGCUGUUGCCACUGAAUGCAGUACGACCUUUUUCAACAUAUCAGCAUCCACUAUUGUCAGCAAGUGGAGAGGUGAUUCAGAAAAACUUGUCCGGGUGCUAUUUGAGCUUGCCCGCUACCAUGCUCCUUCCACGAUUUUCUUGGACGAGCUGGAGUCCGUUAUGAGUCAGAGAGGCACCGUGGCUGGUGGUGAACAUGAAGGAAGUCGACGGAUGAAAACAGAAUUACUGGUGCAGAUGGAUGGCUUGGCCCGAUCUGAUGAUCUUGUAUUUGUUUUAGCAGCUUCCAAUCUGCCAUGGGAGCUGGACCCGGCCAUGCUGCGGCGCCUGGAGAAGCGGAUCCUGGUGACCCUCCUGUCACAGGAAACAGAGGGCUACUCGGGCUCUGACAUCAAACUGGUCUGCAAGGAAGCAGCUAUGAGGCCAGUGAGAAAAAUAUUCAACGCUCUGGAAAAUCAUCAACCAGAUAACAGUAACUUAUCCAUGAUCCGACUGGACACGAUCACAACAGCCGAUUUCCUGGAUGUGAUCGCCCACACCAAGCCCUCAGCAAAGAACCUGAGCCAGAAGUACACGGCCUGGCAGAGAGAAUUCGAGUCAGUUUGAAAAGAACAGAACUACCCAAGCACCAAAAACUUUAAAGACUGUGGCCAUCCA